CAGAAUAGGCCCUCCAUCCUCUCCUACAGGAGGAGAGAAAGAGGAAAAUCCUGCUCUGCUGGCCGAGAAUUGUUUCAGGGAACUACUAGGACGAGCAACCUAUGGAAAUAUGAAUAAUGCUGUCAGACCAGUUUUCGCGCAUUUAGAUCAUCAUAGACUAUGGGAUCCCAAUGAAUUUGCUGUUUCCUGCUUCAAAAUCAUCAUGUAUUCUAUACAGGCACAAUAUUCCCAUCAUGUAAUACAAGAAAUUCUUGGACACCUCGAUGUUCGCAAAAGGGACUCACCACGAGUUCGUGCUGGCAUUAUUCAGGUUCUUCUGGAAGCAGUUGCAAUAGCAGCUAAAGGAUCAAUAGGCCCAACAGUUCUGGAGGUUUUUAAUACCUUGUUGAAGCACUUGCGCAUCAGUGUUGACUUUGAGCUGGGUGAUAGGCGCAGUUCAGCGCUUUUCAGCCUAAAGGCGCAGUUCAGCAACAAGGAGAGCGAUGAGAGGAUUGUCCAGAAUGCUAUUAUUCAAACAAUUGGAUUUUUUGGAAGCAAUCUUCCAGAUUACCAGAGAUCAGAGAUUAUGAUGUUCAUUAUGGGAAAAGUACCUGUUUUGGGGACAACUUCACAAUCACUGGAUACCAGUCACCUUGGAGAUUUGGGAACUAGGAGGAUUCAAAUCAUGUUAUUGAGAUCUUUACUUAUGGUGACUUCAGGAUACAAAGCAACAGCGAUAACUAAUGCACUUCCUCCCCCGUUUCUGGACCCAUUAUUGUCUCCUUCACUCAUGGAAGACUCUGAGCUAAGGCAGCUGGUCUUGGAAAUACUGCAUAAUCUCAUUGAUCGGCAUGACAACAGAGCAAAGCUCAGAGGGAUACGAAUAAUACCAGAUGUUUCUGAUCUAAAGAUAAAACGAGACAAAAUUUCAAGGCAAGACGUGAGCUUCAUGAAGAAGCAUGGUCAGCAGUUGUACAGACACAUCUACUUAGGCUGUAAAGAAGAAGACAAUGUCCAAAAAAACUUUGAACUGCUGUUUACAUCUCUAGCUCUUACCACAAUUGAACUAGCCAAUGAAGAAGUGGUUAUUGACCUCAUUCGAUUGGCUAUUGCUUUGCAGGACAUUGCCAUCAUCAACGAGGAUAAUCUGCCAAUGUUUAAUCGUUGUGGUGUCAUGGCAUUGGUUGCAGCGUAUCUAAACUUUCUGAGUCAGAUGAUUGCAGUUCCUGCUUUUUGUCAGCAUGUCAGCAAGGUCAUCGAAACUAGAAGUCAGGAAGCAUCUUAUUUUCUACCAGAAACGAUUUUCAAAGACAAAUGCAGUCUUCCAAAAUCCUUAGAGAAGCACGAAAAAAAUUUAUUUUUCCUGACAAACAAGAUUGCAGAAUCAUUAGGAGGCAGUGGAUACAGUGUGGAAAGAUUGUCAGUUCCAUAUGUACCCCAGGUAACAGAUGAGGACAGACUCUCCAGGAGGAAGAGCAUUGUGGACACGGUGUCUAUUCAGGUGGAUAUUCUGCCUGGCAACAACACAGAGGAUAAGGUUAAUAAUACUGAAGAAAUCACCUUUGAAGCUUUGAAGAAAGCAAUUGAUAACAACGGACUUGAAGAACAGGAAAAAGAAAAAAGGCGUCUUGUGAUUGAGAAGUUCCAAAAAGCGCCAUUUGAAGAAAUCGCAGCACAAUGUGAAACCAAAGCAAACUUGCUUCAUGAUAGACUUGCACAGAUACUGGAACUCACCAUUCGUCCUCCACCAAGCCCCUCAGGAACGAUGACCAUUACUGCUGGACAUGCUCAUUACCAAUCUGUUCCAGUCUAUGAGAUGAAGUUUCCAGAUCUUUGUGUGUAUUAAGUGUCUUCUGAAGUCUGCUGGACAUUAUUUAGAGUAGAGUACAAUAGAAAGAACAAGAUGAGUUUUCAAAUUUUA